GUGAAAAGAAGGGGUUCGGUUUUCAUUUAAACGAGUAGAUCAAAAAAGAUUCGUCCCAAUCUAUUCGCCGAGUUGGUUGACGGGACAAGCAUGUUUAAAUUAAUUCGUCUUUGUUGGUUCAUAUUAUUACUUGCACAAUUCAGGGAUAUGCGACUAUUCAAAGACUUUAACGAUUAUUCUCGAGUCGCUGCUCAUCCAACGCAGUAUUUGGCCGACGGCUCUCAAAUACCGUCAUUGUCUCUUCUGCAAGACAGAACAUCGAAUACGGUUAACAAUCAGGGACGACACCACAGGAAAAACGUUUACUCGGAUUGGUCGGAUUGGAGCUCGUGUUCGAAUAGAUGUACCACGGUCAGACGAAGAUAUUGUUUACGAUCAAAAAUUUGUGGAUCGAACGUCGUUACCGAAACAUCGUAUUGUUUUGUGACCGGUUCAAGAUGCCCGGGGCUCGUGACGAAUUACUACAAACGGCUCAACUCAAGUUUCUCGAACAAAGGUAACGCGUAUGAUGUGUCCGUGAAUUCCACAUGUGGUGUUAAUGUUGCUUCUGCUACCAUUCCCGGUUUCAAGACUCCUAGGUUUUUAAUUAAAAUAAUGGGAGGUCAAGAAUCUGAGAAAUUUCAUUGGCCUUGGCAAGUCGCGGUGUUAAAUGGAUUUCAGGAGGUAAUUUGCGGCGGUACCCUCGUGGCUCCUGGUUGGGUGCUCACAGCUGCACAUUGUUCUAGACAAAAACUAUUCGUUAUAUUAAAGGAAUAUGAUUUAUCUGUUUAUGAAGGCGAUGAGAUCAGAGUGAGGGUUGAACGUAUUAUAAUACACCCCAGAUACAAUCCAAAUACAAUUGAUAAUGAUAUGGCUCUGUUAAAAUUACGUGCCUUGGAUUUAGAAAUAUAUGGUGGAUUAAACUUGCAACCAGCUUGUCUUCCGCCCUCUGGUUUUCAACGGCGGAAACGGAAGCCUAAAAUGUGCGUAGUUAUUGGAUGGGGAAAAGUGCAACCUAAAGAUUCCUAUGGAUCUCAAAUACUUCGAGAAGCUAGGGUUCCGAUCGUUGGUCAGCGGACGUGCCGAUCUGCGUACUGGCGUUAUCAGAUCACUGACAAUAUGUUCUGCGCGGGGUACAGAGACGGUCGGUCGGACACUUGUUCGGGUGACUCGGGUGGGCCUCUAUUGUGCAAAAUGCGUGGCCGGUGGACGGUGGUGGGUGUUACAAGUUUUGGCUAUGGCUGUGGCCGGCGCGGCAAGUACGGGAUCUACGCCAAUGUGGCCAACCACGUGCGGUGGAUCACGUCCGUGAUAAGGACGUCUGGCUAUCAGUGAACCGAUGUUGACUUCCAAAGGGAGUGCUUGAAUGCACACAUUUAUAAUAGUUACCUGAUUUUGUUCGUCUAUGUAUAUUUUCUUGUCUGUAAUAUAUUAUAUGAAUAAUGUUUUUUUUUUCAAAAAAAUAAUAUUUAUAUAAUAUACCUCUGGAAUAAUAUAAUAAACAAUAUUUAAAUAUUAUAUCAUUUAUAUAUACAUUCAACAUUAUACGCACAACGAUCAAUUGAACGAGAUGUCGUUCAAAUUAGUAAUUACUACGUUUACCACUAAAAUAUAAUUU